AUGAUGAAUGAACCAAUCAUAACCCUUUUCUCUUCACAAUCCACAGAAGGAGAAAUGAUAGUUCCAGAAGAUGAACUUGAUGAUGAUGAAUUUAUGGUUUCUUUUGCAGAUUUACAAUUUGAUCUUGAAGAAGACAAUAUUCCUGAUAAUAUGCCCAUGUCAAGAAAAAAUUUUAAGAUUCUCAAUAAAAAUCUUAACUCUUUGUUACAAAUCCAAGUUGAUACAGGAGGAAAAAACUUUGUUUCUGGGGUUGAAGUGGAGUUUAUGCUCACUGCCUUAAGAUUUCAGUGGUGA